GAAUUUAAUCAAAUGUCAACACCAAACAUCUACAAAGUCAAGUGUCAGAGGCUUUCGAAAACUUGAAAUUGUUGACAUUAGGAAACAAAGCAUAUCUUCAAUCUUCUCCAUAUUUUGAAAUCUUUCAAUUUGAUUCUGUUGAGAUGGUAGAUGCUGUCACUGGUUUCGUUUUGAAUAAGAUCGGCGGCUAUCUCAUCAAUGAAGUAUUGGCGUUGAUGGGAGUCAAAGAUGAUCUAGAGGAGCUGAAGACGGAGUUGACGUGCAUCCAUGGUUAUCUUAAGGAUGUUGAAGCUCGAGAAAGAGAAGAUGAGGUCUCGAAAGAGUGGACAAAACUGGUUUUAGAUAUCGCCUAUGAUAUCGAGGAUGUUUUGGACACCUAUUUCUUGAAACUUGAAGAAAGAUCACUAAGACGAGGCUUGUUGAGAUUGACCAACAAAAUAGGCAAAAAGAGAGAUGCUUACAACAUAGUUGAAGAUAUUAGAACCCUGAAGAGAAGAAUCUUGGAUAUAACUCGCAAGCGGGAGACUUUUGGUAUAGGAAGCUUCAAUGAGCCUCGAGGAGAGAAUAUUACAAAUGUUAGAGUGAGGCAGCUUCGACGUGCUCCACCUGUUGAUCAAGAAGAGCUAGUGGUUGGUUUGGAAGAUGAUGUUAAGAUUCUUUUGGUAAAGCUUCUUAGUGAUAAUGAGAAAGACAAGAGUUAUAUUAUCUCCAUAUUCGGUAUGGGAGGUCUAGGAAAAACUGCACUUGCCAGGAAGCUUUACAACUCGGGGGAUGUGAAGAGAAGAUUUGAUUGCCGUGCGUGGACCUAUGUUUCUCAAGAGUAUAAAACAAGAGAUAUACUUAUCAGAAUUAUAAGAUCGCUGGGAAUAGUUUCUGCAGAAGAAAUGGAAAAGAUCAAAAUGUUUGAAGAGGAUGAGGAGUUAGAAGUUUACCUUUACGGUCUUCUAGAGGGAAAAAAUUAUAUGGUGGUAGUAGACGAUGUAUGGGAUCCAGACGCGUGGGAGAGCUUGAAGAGAGCAUUACCAUGCGAUCACAGAGGAAGUAAAGUCAUCAUCACAACGCGUAUUAGAGCAAUAGCUGAAGGUGUGGAGGGGACAGUCUACGCUCAUAAGUUAAGGUUCUUGACGUUUGAAGAAAGCUGGACGUUGUUUGAACGGAAAGCAUUCAGCAAUAUUGAAAAGGUUGAUGAGGAUCUGCAGAGAACUGGAAAAGAAAUGGUUAAAAAAUGCGGUGGAUUACCGCUUGCUAUAGUCGUGCUUUCUGGGCUUUUGUCUAGGAAAAGGACAAACGAGUGGCAUGAGGUGUGUGCUAGUUUAUGGCGACGCCUAAAGGAUAACUCCAUUCACAUUUCCACUGUGUUUGAUCUAAGCUUUAAGGAGAUGCGACAUGAGUUGAAACUUUGCUUUCUUUACUUUAGCGUCUUCCCUGAGGACUACGAGAUCAAGGUAGAGAAAUUGAUACACUUACUUGUAGCAGAAGGGUUUAUACAAGAAGAUGAAGAGAUGAUGAUGGAAGACGUGGCUCGAUGUUAUAUUGACGAGCUGGUAGAUAGAAGUUUAGUGAAAGCUGAAAGAAUUGAAAGAGGAAAGGUGAUGUCUUGUAGAAUCCAUGAUCUACUGAGAGACUUGGCUAUCAAGAAAGCUAAAGAGCUUAACUUUGUAAAUGUUUACAACGAGAAGCAGCAUUCUUCUGAUAUUUGCAGAAGAGAAGUGGUUCACCAUCUUAUGAACGACUAUUACUUGUGUGACAGACGUGUAAACAAACGAAUGCGAUCCUUCUUAUUCAUCGGAGAACGGAGGGGUUUUGGUUAUGUCAAUACCACAAACUUGAAACUGAAGCUACUUCGAGUGCUAAAUAUGGAAGGGCUUUUGUUUGUUAGUAAAAAUAUCAGCAAUACUUUACCAGAUGUGAUCGGGGAAUUAAUCCAUUUGAGGUAUCUAGGGAUUGCUGAUACUUACGUUAGCAUUUUACCAGCUUCCAUCUCCAAUUUACGGUUUCUACAAACACUAGAUGCGUCAGGCAAUGAUCCCUUCCAGUACACAACCGAUCUUAGUAAGCUCACAUCACUAAGGCAUGUCAUCGGAAAAUUUGUGGGAGAAUGUCUAAUAGGCGAAGGAGUAAACCUUCAGACCUUGAGGUCUAUCUCUUCCUACAGCUGGAGCAAACUGAACCAUGAGUUACUCAGAAAUCUUCAGGACUUGGAGAUCUACGAUCACUCUAAGUGGGUAGACCAGAGAAGAGUUCCUUUAAACUUUGUUUCUUUCUCUAAACCGAAAAAUCUCCGUGUCCUAAAGCUUGAAAUGAGAAACUUCAAGUUAUCAUCGGAAUCAAGGACAACAAUUGGGUUAGUGGAUGUGAACUUUCCCAGUCUUGAGUCUCUGACACUUGUCGGAACAACUCUUGAGGAAAACUCAAUGCCUGCUUUGCAGAAGUUACCUAGACUGGAAGAUCUGGUCUUGAAAGAUUGUAAUUACUCGGGAGUGAAGAUCAUGAGCAUCAGUGCACAAGGUUUUGGUCGGUUGAAGAAUCUUGAAAUGUCCAUGGAAAGAAGAGGCCAUGGAUUAGAUGAGUUGCGAAUUGAAGAAGAGGCCAUGCCUAGUUUAAUAAAGCUGACUGUGAAGGGCCGAUUAGAACUAACUAAGCUGAUGAUUCCUGAUCGAUUGAAAGCGUUUGUUCGACGCAACUAA